AGAUCGUAAUUAUAUAUGCCGGUCCGUCUCGAGACUCGUCGAUCACAAAUAUCUCCGAUGGAUACACAGUUUGUGGUCUGUUGCUGAGCAGGUGUGAUCGUAAAAACAAUGAAUUGCGUAUUAUCCAAAGCUAAAAAAUGUGUCGGAGCUCGAAGUGUUACUUCUUUGGCUAGUGUUUUGCAACCAGAGCUAAAGAGUAUUAAAGAGGCUGGGACGUGGAAGAACGAACGUAUCAUCGCAUCUGCUCAGAGUACCGAUAUUUCGCUGGCAGAUGGAAAGAAAGUUCUCAAUUUCUGCGCGAAUAACUAUUUAGGUCUAUCGGAUAAUAAACAAGUCAUCGAAGCAGCAAAAACAGCUCUUGAUAAUUAUGGAGCUGGUCUGAGUUCAGUUCGUUUCAUCUGUGGUACCCAGGACAUCCACAAGGAACUGGAAACCAAGUUAGCUGCAUUCCACAAUCGAGAAGAUACGAUUCUUUACGCUUCCUGCUUUGACGCUAACGCUGGUAUCUUUGAAACCCUGUUGACUCCUGAAGACGCUGUACUUAGCGAUGAACUCAAUCACGCCUCCAUUAUUGAUGGCAUUCGAUUGUGUAAAGCCAAAAAGUUUAGGUACAAGCACAGAGAUAUGGCAGAUUUGGAAUCCAAAUUAAAGGAGAGCUCAACGGCAAGGUUGCGCUUGAUUGCUACCGACGGUGUGUUUUCUAUGGACGGAACAGUCGCACCCCUGUCAGAUAUCAUCAACCUGGCCAAAAAGUACGAUGCUUUGACUUUUGUGGACGAUUGUCACGCUACUGGAUUCUUUGGAAAGACGGGAAGAGGCACAGAGGAGUACUUUGAUCAAUUUGGGAGCAUUGACAUAAUCAAUUCGACGCUUGGUAAAGCACUAGGAGGAGCAGCUGGUGGUUACACUGUGAGCUCCAAACCUUUGAUUGACUUAUUAAGGCAGCGAAGUAGACCGUAUCUCUUCUCCAACUCGCUACCACCACCAGUUGUUGCUACUGGAAUUAGAGUGAUAGACUUGAUAAGUCAAAGCACUGAUUUGUUGAAUAACUUGAAGCGCAACACGGAACACUUUAGACAAGAAAUGACUCGGGCUGGUUUUAAAAUCAGUGGGGAUAAUCAUCCUAUUUGUCCCGUUAUGCUAGGGGAUGCCAAACUUGCUAGUAUAUUUGCAGAUAAAAUGCUCGAAAAAGGAAUAUAUGUGAUUGGAUUUAGUUAUCCGGUUGUUCCUAAGGAAAAAGCAAGAAUAAGAGUUCAGAUAAGUGCAGCCCAUACGACCGAAGACAUUGAUAGGGCAAUUAAUGCAUUUACGGAUAUUGGUAAAGAACUUGGAGUUAUAGGAUAGAAGAAUUUAAUUUUUUAUCAAAGAUAAUAUGAUAUAAAUAAUUGAUAGCUGAUUUAAUAAAGUUUUUGAUGAUUGUUUUACAAUAUAA